UGCAGGCAGUGUGAGAGUGUCCGUGUGGGUGUUUGUGUGUGUCGGAUAGGUACGGGGGGGUUGAGCCGCCGUGAAUGUUUGAACUUAUUUAUGAGAUACUCUCCAAAUUAAUUUAUUUUCCACUGCAGGGGAACGUAAGGUAACUUGGCUAAAGCACAGGGAAGGAAAGCAGCCGCCGCCUCCUGGAACAAGCAAGAUUUUCACCAUGGUUGCCACAAGCACAUUAAAGACCAAAAACAGCGAGUGCAUAUCCGAGUUGGUGGAGCGGAGAUAUGACCAGGCUUGCAUUGAGAAAGAGCUGGAUUUCUGGGAUCACUGCCUGGCCGAACCGCAGAGGAAUGUAGAUGUCAACGAGGACAGGACGUGUCAACAGCUGGCCAAGAUGUUCGAAAACUGCCUGUCACGUGCCAAGAAAACAACGCUGCACUGCUCCUCUGUGCUGGUACCAGAGAAGCUGACGCGGAGGAUAGCUCGCGACGUCCUGCGGCUGGCAUCGGGCGAGCCUUGUGGCCUGCGUGGCUGCGUCCUGUAUGUUCACCUGGAGCUGGACAAGGGCUGCAAGCGGCUGGAGCGCAUCGUGUACGAUGCCACCGUGGUGCCCACUUUCGAGCUGACUCUAGUGUUCAAGCAGGACGGCAGCGCCUGGCCCAGCCUGCGGGACUUCCUCUUCAUGGGCACCUGCUUCGCCCCGGGCUUCAGGCACGUGCUCAAGCUCAGUCCAGGUUUCCGGCUUGUCAAGAAAAAACUGUAUUCCUCCUCCUCGGCUGGUACCGUAGUAGAGGAGUGCUGAACAGGGAGGGAGGGAUGGGAGUGGGAUGCUGGGUUUUGUUUCUUGGGUAAACGCACUUCUGCCUGAAUGUAAAUGACACUCCAUUGGUGUCUUCUUUUCUACAAUUUUUUUGUACAAUACACUUUGUCAAUUCAACAAUUAGUAGUCUGUCUGUUCCUGAGUGGUACUCAUUCAAUUUGAAACUAAAAGAGGUGGAGUUGAGGUUGAUGCCUAAACAAGACAGAUAGUUCUGGGACUGGCUUCACGGUAUUUCUAACAGUACACGUUUUUAUCAACAAAAUUGUAAUAUUCUGGAUGUUUUUCGUAAAACAAACAUUUUCCCACUCGCGCACAAUUUGAUGUACAUUUUUCAGAUGAAAGACUGUUUGCGUCAACAUGUUUUUGAGAGGGAUAUACAUUCUGUAGGUACAGUUCUGUUAAGACACUAGCCACUUUGUUGAUGCAUCUACCUGUUUCCAGAUUCAUCCAAUGUGUUCAGCAAAAGUAAACACACGUAGGCUUGAAUAGGAUACUGAAGAGAGAAUUUGGGGGCCAUAUAGUUGUGUCAUGCUGUAUUUAGGUAUGGAUGUUUAGAUAAGUCAUUGAAUGUCUUGUGAAGAUGCUGCUUUCAUGGUCUGGGCUUCCUUGCACUAGGGAAAUGUGAAUGCCUUAACUGCCAUGUAAUCUUUUUUUUUUUUUUUUGCACUCAGAUAGAUCACAGUGUUGGAGUUUAAUGUAAAUCUUUUAACGCUUUUUUAUACCCUCCAUUUCAUUGCAGAGCUUUUCUAGAUUGUUGAUGGGAUAGUUCAUUCAAAUGUAUACUUGUUUCUGUACCUUCUUAACUGGGAGGCACAUGAAAGUAAUGAGGUUCAGAAUUGAUGCGUCAGAUUUUUCUGAAUUAUCCCCCACAGGUUGCAAUGCAUUUUUCAGAAUAACUGAAGAGUUUUUUUUUUUUUUUUUUUUUUUUUUUUGGACACAAUUCUAAAUUCCUGUUUAAGGAAAUGGUAGUUCUUGUCUAUUUGACAAUAAAACAUUUAAACCAUG